AAAGCAUAUUUACGUCAUCGGGAGGGCAUUCCAUUAUUCGCGACGGAGCCUUGGCCGUUAGUGUGUUCAGCCAAAAAUCAUUUUGUUUAUUGUAAUUGAACUGGUUCUACGGUGUAGCUGGCCUAGCGGAAGCAGGAUACAAGUUAAACAAUCCAGCGAGAUGGCGCCGACCUUGCAGAAAGCAAUUGACAUCGUGACGAAAGCGACCGAAGAGGACCGCAAUAAAAAUUAUAAAGAAGCACUCCGGCUGUACGAGCACGGGGUUGAGUACUUCCUCCAUGCGAUCAAAUAUGAAGCACAAGGCGACAAGGCAAAGGAAUCGAUUCGUGCCAAGUGCUUCCAGUAUCUCGAUCGCGCGGAAAAGCUAAAAGCGUACUUGAACAAGGGCACGAAGGGCAAGAAGCCGGUCAAGGAUGGGGAGGGAAAGUCGGGGGCCAAGGGCGGCGAUGGCGACAGGAACAGCUCGGACUCGGACUCGGACAAUCCGGAGAAGAAACAGUUGCAGCACAAGCUGGAGAGCUCAAUCGUGAUCGAAAAGCCGAACAUCAAAUGGUCGGAUGUGGCUGGGCUCGAGGGCGCCAAAACGGCACUGAAGGAAGCCGUGAUUCUGCCAAUCAAAUUCCCUCACAUGUUCACGGGCAAGCGCAUGCCCUGGAAAGGCAUACUGCUGUUUGGCCCACCCGGAACGGGCAAAUCGUACUUAGCCAAGGCAGUUGCGACCGAGGCGAACAACUCGACGUUUUUCUCUGUCUCUAGCUCCGAUCUGGUGUCGAAAUGGGUCGGCGAGUCGGAGAAGCUAGUGAAGAAUCUGUUCGAGCUGGCCCGAGCCCACAAGCCAAGCAUCGUUUUCAUCGACGAGGUGGAUUCGCUGUGCUCUGCCCGCUCGGAUAACGAGAGUGAAAGUGCGCGCCGUAUCAAGACCGAGUUCCUGGUGCAAAUGCAGGGCGUCGGCAGCGACAACGAGGGCAUCCUCGUGCUAGGCGCCACCAACACGCCGUGGAUCCUCGAUUCGGCCAUUCGUCGUCGGUUCGAGAAGCGCAUCUACAUCCCACUGCCGGAGGCGAAUGCGCGCCACGUGAUGUUCAAAAUUCAUCUCGGUAGCACCGCCCACCUGCUCACCGAGGAAGAUUUGCGCAUUCUGGCGAGCAAAACCGAGGGCUUCUCCGGCUCUGACAUCUCAAUCGUGGUGCGCGACGCACUCAUGCAGCCGGUGCGCAAGGUGCAAACUGCCACGCACUUCAAAAAGGUUACCGGCCCUUCACCAGUCGAUAAAACGACUAUCUGUGACGAUUUGCUGGUGCCAUGCAGUCCAGGCGAACCGGGGGCGAUCGAAAUGACAUGGAUCGAUGUGCCCGGUGAUAAGCUGUACGAGCCACCGGUUACGAUGUAUGAUAUGCUGAAAUCUCUAGCUAACACGAAACCUACCGUCAACGAGGAUGACAUGAAAAAGCUGGAUAAAUUCACACAGGAUUUUGGUCAGGAGGGCUAGAGGAUCGAUCGUGUGGGACAGACGCAAUUAGGUAUCGCGGAUGUAUCCUCUACCACAAAUUUUAUAAAUAUAUAAAUAUAUAUUGUUUACCA